AUGGUCACAGGGAAUUUCACCAUGGUGGUUGAGUUCAUCCUUCUAGGACUAACAAACAGACAGGACCUGCAGAUAUUGCUAUUUAUUGUAUUCCUUACAUGUUACAUUGUUUCUCUAAUUGGUAACAUAGUAAUUAUCUGGAUCAGUAGUACAAACCCUCGACUCCACACUCCAAUGUACUUCUUUUUGAGAAAUCUCUCCUUUUUGGACAUCUGGUAUACUUCAAGUGUAGUUCCUAAGAUGCUCAUUAACUUCCUAUCAGUGAAGAAAACCAUAUCUCAUAAUGGUUGUGUAACUCAAAUGUUCAUCCAUAUGACUCUAGGAGGGACAGAGUGUUGCCUGUUGUUAUCAAUGGCCUAUGACCGGUAUGUGGCUAUAUGCAGCCCCUUACAUUACACUAAUAUCAUGCAUCCCACCUUAUGCAUUAAGAUGGCGGCUGCCUCUUGGGUUGGAGGUGUAAUAAACUCAGUAAUAAACUUAGUGUAUACAUUACAACUACCUUUUUGUGGGGUCAAUGUAGUGGACCAUUUUUUCUGUGAGGUUCCUGCAUUGCUAGAGCUGGCUUGUGCAGAUACAUAUCCUAAUAAGACCGUCCUUUUCUUUUGUGCUAUAGUGAUAACAGGCAUCCCGUUUGCUGUCAUCUUUUUUACGUACAUCAAAAUAAUUUCCAGCAUAAUGAAGAUUCGAACAACCAGCGGAAAGAGAAAAGCCUUUUCCACUUGUGUGUCACAUGUUAUUGUGGUGGCAUUAUUUUAUGGCACUACUUUAUUCAUCUAUUUGAGACCCGGGAAGAUUCAUGUUUUGAGCCAAGAUAAAAUGGCCACCUUGUUCUACAGUAUUAUAAUCCCAAUGCUAAAUCCUCUGAUUUACACUUUAAGAAACAAAGAUGUACAAUUAGCACUGAAACACGUACCAAAUUUAGAAGUCUACAAUAACUUCAUAUCAUCUAUAGAAACAGAUUUAAUUGCUUUUUUUCGUAGGAUCAAGUUAAAAGCUUGGUUUUACAAUAGGACGUGGACCAAUACUGCCCAACUGAGUGAGCUCACAUUGGGUAGUCUUGAUCUACGUCUAAAAAGUAACUUCUCUCCUAUGAUUAAUGUAUCUGCCAUUGAUGCCUAUAUAGCCGCAGAUACAUUUUACAAGCAAAUCAGGGGUGUGGCGAUGGGGUCCCAUGUGGCCCCCACUUACGCCUACAUUUUUAUGCAGUGUUUCGAGGAAGAUGUCGUCCAUGUGUCCCACCACCACAAUGAUAUGAAGUUCUAUAAGAAGAGGAACAAAAUGGAUGUGGAGCUGAUCUACCGUAUCGGAUGA